AUGAAAUAUGAUAAAUAGUAAUAAAAUAGUCAUAUUUUUGAAAUAAUACGGAAGAAAUAGGGCUAAAUAGAGAAAAAAUAUGUCUAAAAUAGGUUAUAAAUAUGUCAGAUAUAGCUUAUACUUGUAAUAUUGAAAUAUUUCGGUUGUUUCGGCAGUUUUUGUUGAAAUUUUUCAGCAUAAUCAGCAAUGUGAUACCUUACUUCCCACCACCUCCUGCGCGCAUAAAUUAAAAGCUGGAAUUGCCUAUUGGACAAUUCUAAAAUGAUUGCUAUAUAUUUCAGGUAUGUCUGGUAUUGCUCCUCGUUCCAAAGCCCAAGGGGUGGACUUCUGCGGCGAUGAUAUUAACGGCCACCACUACAUCAUUCGCUCAGAUGCUGGUGUUUACAUGAGAUCAGGCAACUUGAAUCAAGGAAGUGAUAUAGAGGUAUUUGAUCUGCAUUACUCCUGCAAGGGGGGAGAUCACUACCUUGUUAACGAUGGCAACUUCUAUAUCAUAAGAGGUACUAGCUUUCGCAGAGUGACAAAUCUCAAUACUGAUGCCAACGCUGUAGUCUACCCACUCCAUCCCAAGUGCCAAGGCGGAGAUCACUACUUGUCCAUGUGUGGCAAAUUUUAUAUCAUCUACAAAGAUCGAGGUGUCUACAAGAGGACUACCGACAUGAGCAAAGGCAAGGAUGUGGCGCAAUAUGAUCUCCAUCCAAAGUGCGGAAAUGGUCUGUACUACUGGGGACAUGGCGAGUACGCCUACGUCGUUACAUCAGUGGGUGGUUGGGGUCCUCAGUAUCAUACGACAACCAAUAUGAACCACGACUAUGAAAGUACUGACUGUUCCUUUGCCAUGGAUGUUGUUAAAUGUGUGCCUGGUGGACUAGCGAUCACAGAUGGACCUGCUUUUGGAGAAUGGGAGCUUUUAAAGAGUUUUGAGAAUACAUCCCAGGCAACAGUUGAUUGGUCGAAGGAAGUCAGCCGCAAAAACGGAGCAAGGAAGGAAAAACUGUCAAGUAUCGAACACAAUUGGGACAUCAAAGUGAGCGCGAGUUACAGCACUGGAGAUAUUGCUGCGAAAUUGGCCAAAUACCAGUUCUCCUUGGAAGCAAGUUAUGGCGGAAAGAGUGUUGACACCAGAAAGGAAAGCUGGGAUGACGUGAGGACGGUGACAGAGAAAGUAAGUGUAUCUGUACCUCCUGGCCAGCAAGUCUGUUUCUGGCAGUACAAAGUUGGCUUGGGAGACGAGGAUAUCCUUUUCUGUCCGAAAACGAAGAUGACCAAUAGUAAAGAUCCCCCAACUGAAAUACCCCUUAAGACUAUAUAACUUCUCUAUAUAACCAGGCUUAAACGAAACAUCCCUUACUACAGUAGGAACUAAAUAGUAGAUCUGUAGCUUAACCUUUUUAAUUUUUGUAAAUUAGGCCAUAGCAAUAAUCAUGUAUAAUUUCAGCGUAAAAGGUCAGCGGUGUAUUGUAGAUGAAGUUCAGUCUAUAAUAUUUGAAAAUUAUACCAUGAGCUCGAGUCGUGUAUGACCUGAUAACUGACGAUGGCAGACACUUUGCUAAUGGCAGCGGGACCUAUUUUUUGCUUUACGAUUGCUAUAUAUACAGUAGAAUCAUUAACAAAGAAUAUUUAGUUUUCUUGGCAUUCACAUACAUAGGUUGCAUUCAUCUUCACCGAGACAUCGUUGCUCACAAUAAUUUCCAGUUUAUUUCGCCAGUGACAAUGCCAAUAAAUUUCCCUUGUUAAGGUUUAACAACAGCCAUCAAUACCAUGCAUGCAGUUAUAUGUAAUGGUAUACCUCUUGUGGCAUUCUAUCCAGUUCUCGGGACUUUGUACCCAUAGAACACACGUAACCAUAAUGCCCUAUUCGUCUUAGUUAGAAAAUGAUCGCAUCCACGAACAAUCAUUUCUUUCUUUAUUUUUUGGGGUAUUUUUGAAUCUACGAAGUAGAUUAUAUGCUAUCGACGUGUUAGCUGUUCACUGUUAACUUAGCCAAUCAGCGACCAGUAUUACCAAAAAUUACGUAAUUACAAAUCACGGCUUCGUCGCGAGACAAUCCAAUAUGGUAGUAAAGAGGGGUUAAAAUUUAUGAUUUAUAUUUAUUCACGCAUUGAAAUAUGAUCACUUGUGGAUGAAAAUGGAGCGUAUCAAGGUAAAUUAAUCUUAGAACUACGUGUCUGUUUUGUAGUAGCAUGCUUGCUCUACAUUUUUCAGCAAUUUACGAAAUAGCACAUAUUGGUUUUCUAAGCGUCUUCCAUGUUUCCUAUUUGGAGUCAUCUCGACACUUAACAGGCAUUUGAAUCCGUUAUCCGUUUUUAAAGUAUAACAUUAACAACCAGCGAAGAAGUAAGCCACUAAGGUUUCGAGUAAAAUUGGCCCAUUAAAUGUUUUAAAUGUUUAUAUAUAAACAAACGUUUUGUGACAGCCCACCUCUUAACUUUGAUAAAUAAAGGGUUAUCUAAAGCUGAUUGCGCGUUCUAAGUCUAUAUUAUGCAGCGCCGAUUGCUCACUCCUGCUUAGUUCUCAUAUGAAACAAUCAUGUUAAGUACAUAAAUACACAGCGUAUAUUAAUAUUGUUGAGCUCACCGCGCACUUUCAUUGAGUUUUUUUUUUUUGGGGGGGGGGUCGUAACUCUCUGUGGAAUAAGCGUUUUAGCGCAAAUUACUGGUACAUGAAUAACCUGUUUAUGCACGCAUAUGUUAUUUUCUGAUUAUGUUCUAGACUAGCUAGUGCUUGGCGGGCCAUUCACUUUUUAAAGUUGUCGAUUGGCUACUGGGUAGGGUGGGGCAACGAUUUAUUGCUAUACGUAGAUUCAUGUACGCGUAUCGUACCUAUUUUUAUAUUUUUUAUCGAUUAAUAUUCGCAGUGAAGUUACUAAUGAACUGGUUAGUAUGCUCUGUUUAGAGAAUACUAAUAAAGCUUUGCUUAUCUUUUGUCGAAUGCUUCAUUGGUAUCUCUAUGUGGAGAAUAUCCUGUACUAAUUAAUCACUUUUUAAACUCACUGCAAUUGCUAUAUAUGAAGCUCACUAUGAGACAGUUUAUGGGGUAUAGAGUAUAUAACUGGAAAAAAUUUUGAAAAUCCAUAGAAGGUCAUAGAAUGGAAAUUGUAUGGACCUUUAUUGGAAAUAGAAUGGAUUUUGGUUAUCCAUAAUAAUUGUAUAUUUCCAUAGUAUGGAUAUAAUAUGGAAGUCCACAUCAGCUUUUAGUUGACAUAUGUAAUUAACCUGCAUUAUCAAAUAAAGUAUGAAUGAAUGAAUGAAUGAA